GGCCAAGAUCUCGUUGCUGAUAUUACUGGCCACGCGGCCUCAUCACAUUCUCAAUCCCCUCGUCUUUCUACCGUCGCCCCUCAAGCUCGACUCUCUUGGACAAGUCAAAGUCAGAGUCCCCCUUCUCCUUCGUCGGCGCCUUCAUCCGCGCCCUCGCCGCGGCGCAACCGCUCCCCGCUCCACUCGCAGCAUCGAGCUCAUAUCCGGCCUCAACGUCAUCGAAAGAAUCCAUUAUCUGUCUCCCGCCGUUUCUUCCGUCGAAUAUGGAAGCGACUCUCUGAUCGAUUAAAGCCUGCCUCCAAACCUGCCGCCGUUAAAAGCCGGCUUAACACCGCCGAAAUGCCCUCCUCCAAGAACUCCAAUGGCACCGGCGGCCAGGUCAGCCAUCGCCUGCGCAACUUCUUCCGCAUGAACACCGGAGGUAGUACCGGCAGUGGUUCUAGCGAUAAAGAAAAGGACAAGACUUCGGCUGCCACCACCCCCGAUGCCGCCUCUGGCUCAAAGUCCCGCCAUACCAAGUUCUUUAGUAAUACAGUCGGUCGCCUGCGCGCACACACCGUCGCCAGCGAGGGCAAUCAGCUCGAUGAGGCUAUGAGCCCUACGGCCCAUGCGAACCCAUACUUUGCUCAUCAGGGCCAGCCUGGCCUGCGUCACCACAAUGCCGACUCUGUCCCCCCAAGCCCUCCCGAUACCCCUACUCUCAAGGUAGAGGGUCCCGAUGGUACCAGCGUCGACCAAGCAACUAGCGAAACAAAAGAAGAGCUUGCUCGAAGACUCAGGAGAGUUGCUAGUGCCCCCAAUGCCCAAGGUCUCUUCUCAAAGGGCGCCUCUAAUGGCGAACGUCCUGCGACUGCCGAGCUGGGCAAGGAUCCUCUCCUGGCCAACGCUAGCUCGGGCUCCCUCGGCCUCAUGGAGACAACAAAGGCACAGGAAGCUGAGGCCAAGGCCAAGGCUGCUGAGGAAGACGUCCUUGCUGCUCUCCCUGCCCCUAACACGGCCAUGGCUUUCCGUAGGACGUACAGCUCCAAUUCUAUCAAGGUUCGGAAUGUCGAAGUCAGCCCGUCUAGCUUCGACAAGAUCAAACUUAUUGGAAAGGGAGAUGUUGGAAAGGUAUAUCUCGUGAGAGAGAAGAAGAGCAGUAGGCUCUACGCUAUGAAGAUACUGAGCAAGAAGGAGAUGAUCAAGCGCAACAAGAUCAAGCGAGCCCUUGCCGAACAGGAGAUUCUGGCAACAAGUAACCACCCGUUCAUUGUCACAUUAUACCACUCGUUCCAGUCGGAAGAUUACCUCUACCUCUGCAUGGAAUACUGCAGUGGUGGCGAGUUCUUCCGCGCCCUCCAAACACGCCCAGGAAAAUGCAUCCCCGAAGAAGACGCUCGCUUCUAUGCCGCAGAAGUGACAGCAGCUUUGGAGUAUCUGCAUCUCAUGGGUUUCAUUUACCGUGACUUGAAGCCAGAGAAUAUCCUGCUUCACCAAUCGGGUCACAUUAUGCUCUCGGACUUUGACUUGUCCAAGCAGUCAGACCCUGGUGGCAAGCCGACCAUGAUUGUCGGUAAGAAUGGUGCUCGAACGGACGCUUUGCCAACCAUCGAUACGCGAUCAUGUAUUGCCAACUUCCGAACUAACUCGUUUGUUGGCACCGAAGAGUAUAUCGCUCCCGAAGUGAUCAAGGGAAGCGGACACACAAGUGCCGUUGAUUGGUGGACACUGGGUAUUCUCAUAUAUGAGAUGCUCUACGGAACAACGCCGUUCAAGGGAAAGAACCGCAAUGCCACCUUUGCCAACAUUUUGCGAGAGGAUAUUCCCUUCCCAGACCACACGGGCUCGGCCCAGGUCUCCAACCUUUGCAAGUCACUAAUACGCAAGCUACUUAUCAAAGACGAGAACCGGCGACUGGGAGCCCGAGCUGGCGCUUCGGAUAUCAAGGCGCAUCCAUUCUUCCGGACGACGCAGUGGGCGCUGAUCCGCCACAUGAAGCCACCCAUCGUUCCUCAUGCUGGCCGAGGAAUCGAUACCGUCAACUUCCGUAACGUGAAAGAGAGCGAAAGUGUCGACCUAUCUGGAUCCAAGGCAAUGAAGGGGGUGCCGCUGGAUAGCGGACUGGCGACACCUGGCGGUGACAUUGCCGACCCAUUCCUCGAGUUCAACAGCGUCACCUUGCACCACGAUGGUGACGACGACCAUCGUUAG